AUGGCAGAUACGCAAUUUGACAGUGCGCUUGACCUCCUCCGCCGUCUCUCGCCGCGCGAAACCAAACAAAACCUCGAAUACAUCACCAGCCUCGUCCCCGAUCUAACCGAAGACCUCCUCGCCUCUGUCGACCAGCCACUCGAAAUCCGCCGAUGCGCUCAAACAAAGCGCGAUUACCUGCUCUGCGACUACAACCGGGACGGUGACAGUUACCGCAGCCCUUGGAGCAAUGAAUUCGACCCACCAAUUGAAGAUGGGACUGUGCCCAGUGAGCGAGUGCGAAAGCUAGAAGUCGCAGCCAACGAGGCGUUUGAUGUUUACCGGGAACUGUAUUAUGAGGGUGGGGUGGGAAGUGUAUAUUUUUGGGAUUUGGACGAUGGCUUUGCGGGCGUUGUUUUGUUGAAGAAAGCCAUUACACCUGGCUCCAAAAACUCUGGCGCCUGGGAUAGUAUCCAUGUCUUUGAGGCCACAGACCGUGCGCGGACAUGUCACUAUAAAUUAACCAGCACGGUCAUCUUACACCUAUCAACCGGCUCAGAAGGGUUGGGAGAGCUAGACCUCAGUGGAAAUAUGACGAGACAGAUUGAGGCAGAUAUGGCCGUCGACGGGGAUGCUAGUCAUGUCGCAAAUGUGGGGCGGCUGGUUGAAGAUAUGGAGCUGAAGAUGCGGAAUCUUCUACAGGAGGUCUAUUUUGGAAAAGCGAAGGAUAUUGUCUCCGAUUUGAGAAGCAUUCCACCCCUUUCCGAAACAAAUAGAGAUCAAGCUACACAUCGGGAGAUGAUCAAUUCUAUGAAGAGAUAG